GAGGGCUGUGACGUCACAAACAUGGAGUAGUGUGGGGACACUCCUAUAUGAGGUAUUCCCUUGUUUUACCGCUUGAAAACCUAAGUUAUUCCACACAACGAAUUCUGGUGUAUCGGCAAGGCCGUAGAAUGUCGUGAUUUAUCCCCUGUGGUCGUUAAAAGCGUGCAGGAUGACCGGAAGAAACAUAAUUACUAGAGAAUUGAGUGAUUCCAUACGUCAGUGCUUGGGUCGGAAGGUGAAGCUGACCUUAAAAGUGCUGGUUAAAGUAGAGACCAAGGGAGAUAAAACAGAAAACCGUGUGUUGGCCUUUGCAUCAUGCCGACUGUUUGUGUUGACAGCCAAAGUUCCCACCAGGGUGGACCAACAUUUUCAUUACUUGGAUAUCCAAGGCAUCGAGAGCCGACGCCCCAACCAGUUGUGUCUGACGGUUUGUGACCGAGUGUACACCUAUUAUACCACCCAUGAAGAGAACAGCAGCCAUGAGGUGGACACGAUGGUCCUCAGCCUCAGCACUGCGCUCAAAAAUAUAUUCCCUGCCGUUCCUCUCACGCACAUUAUUCGAAAAGUGGACAUUCAGCCGUCCAAACGUCUGCUGCAGCUGGAGGAGCUGGAAAGGGCAACCUUAGGGGGUACCAGAGACAUGGGACCAUGUGGUGGGUUUUCCACACAGUACAUGUGUAUGUGCGACUACCACGCUCUGCCCUACAGAGAAGAAGUGGCAUGGGAUGUCGAUACCAUCUACCUCUCACAUGAUACUAGAGAAUUAUACCUUCAUGAUUUUGAUUACUUAGAACAGAAAGACCUCAUUCCUAUCAUCAGUGCCCUUGAGUACAACACCUGGUUUCGUAAACUGCGCUGUAGCCAUAGUAAGCUCUCACAUGAAGCAAUAGAACGAAUCCUACACGUGGUUAGCAAGUCACUUAGUAUAGAAGAACUUUAUUUAGAUAAUAUUGGUGCCAAAGCGGAAUUUGCAAAUAAGUUGUCGUUAGCAUUAUUGUCAAAUAGCAACAUUCCCCUACAAAAGUUGGAUAUAUCGCACAAUCCAUUAGAGGAUAAAGGUUUAAGCAAUCUGUGCGGUCUGGUAGCCAAGCUGUCUCCAGUAGCUGGGGGUGCUGUACAUAUUAGUAAUCCCAUCGGACGACAGGCAAAAGGUCUGAGUCACUUGAACCUUUCGCACUGUGGGCUCACCGGUAAAGGCGUUAACAUGCUGGCACAUUCCCUCUCUGUGAAUAAGUACAUGUGUCAGACUCUAACAUUCCUCAGUCUUGGUGGCAACUCUCUUCGAGAUGACAUCAACAAUUUAUAUAACUUCCUGGCUCAACCAAAUGCUCUCAAGACGCUUGACUUAUCUGCUACUGAAUGUGCCAUUGAUGCGGUUUUUGGUGCAUUACUGCGUGGUUGUACAAGUAGUUUAUCACAUCUAACUUUAUCCCGUAAUAGUUUUGGUAGCAAGAAAACUCGCGAGAUGCUGCCGUCCUUCAAGCAGUAUUUCACAUCAACGUUAGCCCUUAAGUCCCUUACUUUAAGUCAUUGUAAACUUCCAGCGGAUGCUCUUAAGAAUGUGUUGUUAGGUUUAGCUUGCAAUGAAAAUAUUUCUGAGGUUGAACUUGAUCUAAGUAGUAACCAGUUAGGUGGAACAGGAGCACAAAUUCUAGAAUCCUGCAUUCACGGUGUUAGAUGUUUAUCUGCGCUAGAUAUCUCCGAUAAUGGUUUAGAAAGUCAGUUAGGACCAGUUGUAGAUGCCAUUAGUAAAAACAAAAGUAUCAAGAAGUUAGACCUUGGUCGAAAUUUAAUUAACAUCAAGAGUAAACAUGUGUAUCCUGUUGUGGAGUCUAUUGUAAAAAUGAUCCAGGAGGAAGAUUGUGUGUUAGAAUCUCUCUCCAUAAAUGACUCCAGGCUCAAAACCGAUCUACACAAUCUCUUGAACGCGCUUGGAAGCAAUCAUUGCCUCAGAAACUUAGAUAUUAGUGGAAAUUACAUGGGAGACAGUGGUGCGAGACUCCUAGCCAAAGCUCUACAAAUAAACUCAAAGCUGCAGUAUAUUAGCUACGAUAGAAAUAACGUCACCCUGCAGGGAUAUAGUGAUAUUGCUUAUGCAUUACAAAGUAAUUAUAGUGUGAAGUUCAUGCCGUUUCCAGUACACGAUUGCAUGUUGUGUAUGAAAACUGCUCCGGAGAGAACGGAAAACCUGAUGAGAAGAAUACAAGACACACUCUUUAGAAAUGUCUCUCCUAUGAAGUACUCUAAUGGCCAGGCCUUUAGAUUACAGCAGGGUUUCUUGCUAAGUUCUACACAACAGCAAGUUGACAGAUUGGUGCUACAAACUGGUGAGGUUGUUCGUACUUUGCGGAGAUCCGGCAUGGAGUAUGGAGGCUCGAAUUCUCUUCAGUGGGCUGAGGGCCUCAUUAGUGAUGCAGAUAAUUCCAAACAGUUGAUCAGUCACCUACAUGACGUGGUGCUGCGAAGGGAUGAAGCUGGCAACCCCAUAGAGACAAAGCUGCAUCAAAUCUCCUCUGAUCUUCACACCGUCAUUACCAACUACCUCCAGGAUACUGUAGAAAGUAUGGUGAGGUCAGCCCAAGACAAGUGUCCCAAUGUUUUGAGUGAGGAGAAGGUGGUUGAUGAUGUGAGAGCUGCCUGCAUGGCCAAGUCACAGCUCUCCUCUCAGCUUGUAGAAACAGCCAUUGUAGAGCAGGCUGGAUCAGUCAUCCUGAAUAAAGUCAAUGAGGUGAAUUUGGCAAUUGCAUCAACAGUGUCUGAUCGUGUCAUUGAUGAAGUUGUGGAUUCUCUCUCCAAGACUUGCAAAAACUUGCAAUCUGGUGAGGGCCACAGAAAGAGAGCUUCAACGGGUACAGAAAUGGGCAGCCGAGAACGAGGAAGCAGCGAGUCAUCUUCACGUAGUGAGCGUUCAGAUACAGUCAGUCAGGGAGAUGAUACCACCAGUCAAAAGUCUGAUCCCUCUCCUCUGAAAUUGGAAUAUUUGAAUCUCGCCACUCCACAGCUUGCAUCAAAGAGAAAGAGCCUUCAUGGACGGAAGCUUCGCCCACAGAGUGUUGUUGAUUAUGCAGAAGCUAAUGCAGACUCUCGCCGGGGUUCAGUCAAUCGGCACAGUGCAGAAAGUAUCUUAAAUGAGGAUUGCAAUGAUAGCUCAUGUAGUCUGAACAGUUCUUACAUAAAUCUAGAGUUCCACAGUGAAAACUAUUCUUGGAAUGAUGAUUCGGAUGUGUUUUUAAGCAUCCAUGAAGCAGCAACACUUCCAGUUGGUUGCAGAGGCUUUGAGUUCAAAGAAAAAGAAGUUCAUGAGGAGAAGAGUACCCUUGUAAUGCGUGAGGCAGAGUCCCUUGACAGUGUGUCAGAGUUGCCUAGUAGUUGUGGUCAGCUGCAACAUCUAGGCAAAGCUCGACCAAGGAGAGUCAAGACCAGAGCACCCACACGUCCUAUGGGCCGAGCUGAUUUGGUCGAAGAGGAUCAUGAUAUUUCCGAAGGAGUUGACACCUUCUUCAGACCGGGCUCAUCUACACCAACAACGCCUCUUAUUUCACCAGAUUCAGAAAACAGUUUAAUUUGCAGUCCUCGCUUACUUAAGUAUGGCUCCACGUCCUCUGUUGAAAGCUCUCCUCACACUGGCGGUGCAAGAACAGGUAGUGAAAGAGGUAGUAUUGAAUCUUUGACACGGUCAGAUUCUUUAGCACGGUCAGAGUCAGAUGUCACGAGGGAUUCACCCAGACCACGUACAAAAUCUAGAGAUACAGAAGAAGAAGAUGAAGAAGAAGAAGAAGAACAAAGCACAUGUAUAGAGGAAAAAAGUCGGAGUGUUAGUAGCCUUAUUGGUAAGUUGGCAAAUGAGGCAGUUUUGAAGAGGUCACCAGACAUGAGUGCAAGAAAGGCUUCAACAUCAUCAAAUAUUAGCUCUAUUGAUGAUAAAAGUCGCUGUGAUGAAGACAGCAAAGAAGAUUCACCACCAAGGAAAAUGGCAGGUCUUCCUAAAUUUGGUAUGGGCAUUGGAGGAAAUAUACUUGCAGAAAUGAAGAUGAUGCAAGAAAAAAGGACAUCUGUCCUAAACAAGGUUGGAACAGACUUGGAGGAUGAUAGAGACCGAGAGGAAGGGAGAAAAGAGAAUCCAUCUGGAGGGCUGUUAGCAGGAGUCCGGUUACGUUCAACUGGAUUAGCAGACAGCCUCAAAUCGCCAACAAAUGGCUUCCCACGGGGUUCUGGUGGAAGCAAAUCUCCAAAUUUCAACAGAGAUUCAUGUAUUGAUACAACAGGACCGAGCCCGAACACCAAGCCUGUGAUCACCGCCCUGAAACCUAAGCCCCCUCCCCCCCUCGCACCCAAACCACGUCCCAAGUCUGCCAUUGGAGGAGACAGGAUGUCAGGAGAAUAUGAGUCUGGGGAUGGUGGAGAAGAGGAUGGCCCAUCUAGUGCUCCUGCAAGAUCUGUUAGAGAAAUGGCUGCCCAUCUUGCUCGUGGCUCUGUUGGGGAGGAAUCUACGGACGUAAAAGUGAGGGGGAAAUCUGAAGCAGAGAAGACUAGAAGCACAGUCAAUGGCAUCAGAAAGAUUGUUAAGAAAAAGACCCAUAAGUUAAAGGAGCUGGAGGAGACUUUAGUGGACGGUGAGCAUGGGACAGCAUCCUCUUCGGGUCCUCCUUUACACCGCCAGACUUCACAUAAGCAUGUCCUCACCACUGACCUUGCUUUAGAGGAUGUCGUCAAUGUAUAGCACAAUGUCGGAGCUGAAUUUUUAUUGAGCCAUUCUGAAUGGUGUGAUCUUAAGCACGGACUUUCACAAGUGAUAAAUAGUCAGACUGUCUUUUGAUUACUGUAUCUGUGUCAGAUCUAAGAGACAUAGCUAACUGUAAAUAUUCUAGUUAUUUUAAUAGUACAGUAUUCUGUAAAUUUUUUGGGGAGGGAGGGGUUGGGGGACUUCAUCAAGAAGAACCUACCAUAUACAGUACGUGGUUGGGUGGAAUAGGAUUUGUUGCUACUGUUGUUUUUAGGAAAUGUUGUUGUUAAAGAUUGUGAUGUGUCAUCUUUGAGAAUUUACCAAAGAGAUGCCCUUGCUACUUGUCAUUGACUUCUGGGUCCCUCUGCACUGCAGGUUUGUUAAAAAUCAAAUCCUAUUGUUAUAUUAAUGUAUGGUUGCAUGCAUAAAGUAUUUAGAAAUGGAUGCUUAAUUAGUUUCUACAGAGGGAUUUUUACUAAGUCAAGAUACAUGAAUUUCCACCAGUAUUGAUUUUUAAAAAAUUGCCAAAAUUGUGGCAUUUUUAGAAAAACUUAAUGCUUUAGAAAGUUUCAGGUAGCUUAUAUUGUCCUAUAAACCCUAGAAAUUUGGUGUAAAUUAUGUACAGAUUCAGCAUUAUUACACUGCCAUUUUAGGAAAUCUCUUGAAACAAAAUUGGAAAUUUUGCAUGCACAACUUAAAAGAGAAAAGGAGGGAAUUCAGAUGUUAGAUAUUUCCUGUCCUUCAUAAUUGUGUAAAUCCUACUUUAGAAUUAGUUUACCAAUGUUAUUUUUGCAAGUGAUUUUCAUUCUAGAGAAUUGUUGCUGUCAUGUAAUUAUUUGUAUAGAGAUGAAAGUGCAAUUUAUAUGUGUAGCUUUGAUAUUGGUUUUAUGUAUAAUUGUGAAAACAAGAUAAGUCGAAAGAAAAGCAAUUUCAUAUUUAUAUUUGUCAGAUUUUGUGAUUGUUUGUACAACAAUGAUGAAAGUUUUUGAUAAUAUUUGUCACUGGUAAAAGAGUAAUCCACUGGAUUAAAAUGAGAUGUAAUAUGCCUGGUGACAUUUUCACAAUGUUGAUUCGCUCAGCUAGCUUUGGAUUAAAGCAUCCCCAUUUUGACAGUGAUUUUGGCAAUGCAUUGUAAAUCUGUUCAUCAUUGUUGUUUAUAUAUAUACAAUAUUGCAUUUUUUUUUUUUUGCUUUAAGCAUUUAAGGUAUAAGCAUAAACUUCUAAAAUACUGGAUUAAAUUCCCUGAAUACUGCUUUGUCAGGGAGCCCUUAAAUUGAAAGGAUAUAAUGCAUUUAUGUCUACACUUGGUGAAUGCUUUUGAUCAAAUUGAUUGCAUUGCAGUAAUGUAAGAAUUUAGUAUGCAUUAAAAAGGAGUCUUGUACAGAAAUUUGAGAUCUGUAUUUAGUAAACAGCAGUACGUAUAUCUUUCAAGUGCAUAAAAACAGUUAAUUUUUUAUGGAAUUGCACUAUAAAACUGAAUUCAGAUAUAAUUGAUAUUGCAGGGAACCAGAUGGCCAUUCACUUUUAGGAGUCUCAAAAACAAACUGUCUUGCACUACUAGAUUCAGCUAAGGCUUAAGGGAAUUUCAUCUUCAGAGCUUUGUGCCAAGAGAGUGAUUUUCACAAUCAUUGUAACUGUCUCUAUUUCUCAAAGUUAGGUACCAAUUGUGAUUAUUUUUCCUUCUUAUUAUUGAUAUAUUACUUUUGAGGGUUCUAAUGAUGGUGAACAGUAGUGUAUCUGUGAUGAAUUCUGCUCGAGGUGUAAAUGAAAAGCUGUUAUGCUACAAGUACUGUCUUCACAGCUAGUUUUUAUGGUUAAUCAUCAGGAGUCUGUCUUCAGCUCAUUUGCAUGUAGUUGAAAAAGAGGCAAGCUCUUGAAUAUUAUACAUAACUGUAUAUACUAUAUAUAUACAUAAAUAUAUAUGAAGUUCCUCAGUUUGAACAGUAUUGUAAAAUUGUUUAAUUGCAUAAUUACAGGAGCUAGAUGUAUGAUAUAAUACUGAAAAUGUUCAAAAUUAAAUUUCAACGUGAUACCUGUAGAUUCAUUCAUGCUUGCAUUAAAUGCAUGUUUUAAGAAUUAAUUCACAGGGAGCUUUUAAUAUAUUCUGAACUAAUUUAUUUUACAAAUACGUAAUGUCUUUUGUUUCUUGUUUUGAUUACAGUGGUUAGAGAAGGGAGAUUUAACUAGAUCCAGAAAAUUGUGAUUGCAGUGGUUAGAGAAGGAAGAUAUAAUUAGAACUGGAAAAUUGCAACAUGGAAUAGAUUGGGGCAGUGUGGCAGUACAAAAGGACAUAUGUGGCAAAGGGUUUUAAGAGUGCUCAUUUGGAGACAAUACUUUUAAGAAAUCAAAAAGCAUCCUCAAUGUCUGUAUCAAUGAUAUACAUAUAGGUAGAUGUAGAACAGAACAACAAUUUUGGUAUCUUCCUUUAGCCACUGUAGUAAACCUUUUAAAGCCCUACGCACCUGAUCUCCUUGUGGCCUGUAACUUCAGCACAGUCCACCUUUAACCUCAAUGUUAGCAUCCCAAUUUGACUUCCAUCAUGUAGUGUCAGUUUAUACAUCUUUAUAAAAGCUUAAAAAAGAAGGUUUUAAGGGGUACUGUUGAGUACUGAGCAAGUGUUGGGUCAACAGCAUAUUUCUCGUAAUAUUUGUACUCACAGGUAUUAACACUUUUAAAAGUUUUAUAGUCAGUUGAUGGCAUUUUCAUGGACACACAACCCACAGUUAUGUAUCAUUAGUUUUCACAGUUAUUGUUUGAUGUAUUAGAGUAUAUAAAAUAGUGUACAGUCUAAUGCCAGUCCUAUAAUUUUUAUUGGUUCAUUUUUACAAAAUUUUAACUAGUAUCAUGGCAUAGAAAGUAUUUCUUAUAGUAAUCAUUUAUGUGACCAAUUUAUAGAUAAGGACAGGGAGGAAGCUGGACGUUCAAUCUAUAACUGGAAAGCUUCAUACAAUUUACAAGUAGGUCUGACAUUUUGUAAUUUUGUAUUACUUUUCAAACUGUAUUUGCAAUACCACAAGUAGUUUUGAUACUUCCACUGCAAAGCAAAUGUUGGAUACUUGAUAUUUGUGGAUAGGCAUUAAUUCAUCUUUUCCAGAAUGAAUUAUAUGGCUCAGUAAUGAAUAAUAAUUUUUUCCCAUGAAUUGAAGCAUAUUGAAGGGUUUCUGACAGCCCGGUAGGAACUGGCAAUAUGUCAACAUUGUGUCAUGUGAAAUUGUGUGGCCUUUUAUAAUGAUGGUUUGCAUAAUUUUAUAUCAUCAUUGUCUUUAUAAUGUACGUACUGGUGGUUUUCUUUUAUGGAAAUUAGGUGUAUUUUGCCUAGCUUUUGUCGUCAGAUGUCCAGUUUUCCUAGCUCCCAGGUUAGCUGUUAGAGAAGAGAUUGUGCCAUGAAAAUCUAGGGAAAAUUUUAGUGGUCAUAUAGAGUUGUGAUAUCAAAUGCUCCCACUUUUAUUUUUAUUUUUCAUUCAUCCUUCUGUUGUCUCUCACUAUCUCUUGCUUUAUAGGGGUUGACUGGAGAGCCCAAAAAUAAGUGACCACAGUUUUGUCACAGUGCGCAGUGUUUUACCCUUGCAGUGUACAUAAAUUUCUUGUAAUAUUUUAUAUUUUACAAUUAUUCUACUGCCUUAAUAAAACUUAUUUCCUA